AUGGCACCAGGUGGUCGUGUCCGCAAGGAACUUGCGGAAUGUCAGAAAGAUUCCCAUUUAUCUGGUGUAACGGCUGUACCACUGAAUCCAACGUCUUUUAUUGAAUUACGUGGUUCAAUACGAGGUCCAGAGGCAACACCAUAUGAAGGCGGUCAUUUUACCUUGGAAAUUCUGAUUCCUCCCAAAUAUCCAUUUGAACCACCUGGAAUGCGUUUUAUUACCAAGAUUUGGCAUCCAAAUAUCUCAUCACAGACGGGUGCUAUUUGUCUUGAUAUUCUAAAAGAUGCGUGGUCUCCAGCAUUAACAAUCAAGACGGCACUUUUAUCCAUCCAAGCUUUACUCUCAGCUGCAGAACCAUUGGAUCCACAGGAUGCUCAAGUAGCCAAAAUGUAUCUAGAAGAUCAACAACAGUUUCUCAAUACGGCACGGUUUUGGACUGAGAGUUAUGCAAAACAACAGGAGACAAGCAAUGAUGCAGCAUUAUCUCGACUCAUUGAUAUGGGAUUUCCAUCGGACAAGGCAAAGGCUGCAUUACUUGCAGCCAAUGGUGAUGAAAAUGCUGCCAUUGAACACUUGGUUAGCAGUAUGUAG